AUAUGAAAAUACCGGCUGCGUAUGUGAAAGUAAAAGAACAGUAGCUGGAUUUAUGGGGAAAACCAGCGAUCAUACAACAGUGAUCCAACCGUGUCUAGUCCGUGUUAAACUGUGAUCUAAAGGUGUUUAGACCGUGUUAACCCGUGUUAAACCGUGUUAAACCGUGUUCAGUCGCAGCAGUAGUUUGGACGCAGUCAUGACGGAGUUUUCCACCAUCUACAAACUGUCUCUCGUCGCAUUAACGUGUUUCAUCCGAGCCUCCAGCGGCAGCAGCAGCACGUGUCCGGUGCUGGAGUGCUGGUUUGUGCAGGAGUCGGGUCGAGGAGGAGGCUUCACUGCUGCUACAACACAGGAGAAGUCCUUGAUCCGGAUCAGAACCGAUCCAGACAGAGAUGAGUCCCAGCGAGCUCCAGCUGACAUCAGCCCUGAGAGAGUCUACUGGGUUACAGACCCCGCUGCCUCUCUCUGCCACCGCUCCCUCAUCGCUCCCAGAGGCUCCAUCUUGAAGCCUCUCUGUGAGAUCAACCCGUUCCUGCCGCAGCCGUCCGGCCUCCGCUGGGUGGCUGCUCUCACAGCGUCGGCUCUGAGCCCCGUGUACCUGCAGGCGGACUGGUUCUCCACGGCGCUGCAGGGACUGGACAGGCAGGUGUGCGUCUCCAGCAUCACGCGUGCUCCCACCGGAACCAAGGAGCAGAGUGUGGUUCUGACUGUGAGCAGCAGAACCGUCUCGGUCCAGGCCCGGCUCGGUGAACCCGUCCAGCUGGACUGUGGCUUCUGGGUGGACUCCUCGUCUCCUCUGGCCCAGUCCGGUUUCGCCGUAGAGUGGCGGUACCAGUUCAGAGGCGAGGGCCGGCUGGUUCUGGCGUACGACGGGAAGUCGGACCGUUUGGCGGAUACGCAGGAGGACGGAGCCUCGCUGGACAUCGAGGCGCUGCACGCGCACAGAAACGCCUCGCUGCUGCUGGACGAGGCCAAGGUGCGUCACUCCGGGACGUACAUCUGCACCGUGUACCUGCCGUACCUGCUGGCCCAGGUGGCGCUGGACCUGGAGAUCGUGGAGCCUCCGUCUCUCUCCAUCCACCCGGCCCCUCUGCCUCUCCUCGUGCCCGGACAGGUUCUGUCCGUCCAGUGCGAGGCGUCCGGCUUCGCUCCUCUCUCCCUGGAGCUGAGCUGGGAGUUCAGAGGUUCUGAUGGGAAGACCCGGCCCCUGGGCCCCAGCAGCGUGACGGGCCACAGACAGGCCUGGGACGGCACCUACAGCCAGACGACCCGGCUGGAGCUGGACACGUCCAAGCUGGACCUGGGCCGAGGAGGGGAGGUGGUCUGCGUGGCCGUGCACGCGGGCGGAACCAGACGGGUCGGCGCUGCCCUCAACAUCAUCGGGUUCAGCAUUCCCUCCAUUGAAGACUCCAUGGCCAUGGUUGGGGUGGCGCUGGUUCUGUACGGGCUCAUCAAGUUUGUCUCCUGGACAUUCACCAGCUCAGAUGAGGCUGAGAAACCAGAGAAGAAGGAGAAGUGAGGACUGGGUCGUCCUGGAAGGGACCAGAACCAGUCCUCCACCCGCUCAUGCACAUAGUUGUGUUUUUCAGCAUAACUAUGAAUCUUGAAUUUUUAUGCAGAUCCACUGGUUCCUGCCUGGUCGUUGUUUUCAUUUAGUUUUAACUCCUGUGUUUUAAUGGUCAUAGCAGGUGAGGAAAUGUUGCUGGAGAAUUUGUUUAUACGAGUUGUAAUAAUUUUUCUUAACUUCUUAAACCUGAUGUUGUCAUGUAACGUGACCUGUGUGUGUGUAUGUGUGUGUGCGUGUGUGUUUCAUUUAUCGCAGUCAAAUCUGUGUAUGUAUAGAGAUCAGAGGUUUUUGUAUUUUCCUUAUUUCUUUUUAUGUGUGUGCAUUGAGGGGAUGUUCACAUGUGGUUUUAUGUAUGUAUGUACAAAUCAAUAUGCCCAUACAAAUAUUAGAUCAACAACCUGUUCUAGAGUAAAAAUACACAUUACGUAGAAAUGUGAAGAAAAUGGUCUGCAACAAAUGCAACAUUCAAGGAUUUACAAUUUGUACCAGAAGUUAAAUUACAAUACAAAGUCUGCUUUAUAUGUGAAGUUUUAAGAAGCUAAUAAAAUGAAUAAUUGUCUAAUA